GGGCGAAGAAAUGUCUACAGUGAUGACAGCAGCCAUGGCCGGACGAGCCCCGGGAGAGCCCGACCCAGAGUGGGAGUCUCUUCUGUUCAGUGAACUUGGUGACCUUCUAGGAGAAGAUGAGCUUCAGCUGGAUGUGGAGAAUGACACUUAUGAAAACAACCUUUGCGACCUCGACUUCGAUUUGGAUCUGAUGCCUUGGGACUUGGACUCCUGGGAUGCUACGAAGCAGAUUCCCACCGAUGUGGACUGGAAGGUGGAGCCUCUCUCGCCAGCCCCCUCAACGUGUUCCGUUCCUUCUCCUUUAUCUGUGGAUUCUCCAGUACAGCAUGUGCCAGAUGGUGUAGACCUGGGCUCCAGUACUCAGCUGUCUCCUGUUUCGUUAUAUGAAAAGGGCUCCCAAAAUAAGCCCCUGUCCAAAACCAUCCGCCGUUCAGCUAGCGGAUCUUCAGCAACGCCCAGCCGAUGCAGUUCAUCAGCCUCCAAGCCUUCAAUUCAGCCUAAGCUUCUCUUGCCUGUUUUACGAGAGACUCAGCCCAGCCUCGGCAUCCAGGCAAAAGCCAUUGUCCUCCCAGCACUGCCAACACUUCUGACGCUGCCAAAGCAGCCACCAGUUGUCGCAAUUCAACCAGCGCCUUGCAAAGGUCAGCCUGUAGUGCUUUCACAGCCUGCUGUGGUGCAGCUUCAGGCGCCAGGAAUCCUUCCUGCCACUAACUCGGUCAUUGCUGUCACUGGCGGAGUCACAUCACUGCCUGGUCACCCUGUCAGUGUAUUGCCGCGCACUGUGGGAAAUAGCUUGACCCACGGAAACCCACCAGAAGUGAAACCUGCCAUUCAUUCUGCCACUCAAAAUACAAACACAGAUAUGAACGUUCUGAGACGGCAGCAGCGCAUGAUAAAAAACCGGGAAUCGGCCUGUCAGUCGCGCAGGAAGAAGAAAGAAUACCUGCUGAGCUUGGAGGUGAGGCUGAAGGCAGCCUUGCUGGAGAACGAUCACCUUAGGAAAGAGAACGGCACCCUGAAAAGGCAGCUGGAUGACUUGGCAGUGGAGAACCAGAAUCUCAAAGUCUCCCCUCCAAAGAGAAGAGCUCUCUGUGUGAUGGUGCUGCUGGCCUUUGUAAUGCUGAAUUACGACCGAUUAAGCACGUUUGAGUGGGGUUUCAACUCGUCUGAGCCUCGGGCCACUCCUCCCCACCAAAGCAGGCAUCUUCUGGAAUUCUCAGCAAGCUUACCUCAGGAAACUGGUGGCGGGAAUAAUGAUGGGUAUAAGCGUUCAGUUUCAGAUAAUAAAGCAUUGAUGGUAGUUACUGAGGAACCGAUAAUAUACAUUUCUCCACCACCUUGCAAACCAUCAAUCAACCGCACAGAGUCCCUCAGGUUAAGUCAUGAGCUGCGUGGCUGGGUUCACAGACAUGAAGCGGAAAGGACGAGAUCAAGGAGGGUGUCUAAUAGUCAGCAACAAAAAGCUCCUGCCAUUCAGAACUCCUUAGGACAAAAUGCAAACUCUGAACUGAUGGCUAUUCCCUACACAGACACCAGCAUUGGCAAGAACUCUGGGAAUGAGCUGCAAGUUUAUUAUGCUUCAGCGCGGAAUUACCAAGACUUCUUUGAUGCCAUUCACAGAAGGGGAGAUACGUUUUACGUGGUAUCGUUCCGUAGGGAUCACCUAUUACUGCCAGCCACGACCCAUAAUAAGACCAGACGACCCAAGAUGUCGAUAGUGUUGCCAGCGAUAAACAUCAGUGCAGUCCAGAGGGGGAUAGAGCGCGCAAGGCCACAGGUGCGCGAGGAGGAGGAGGAGGAGGAGGUAGAGGAAGCGAGGCCUGCGCCAGAGGAACUUCCCCCACCUGCUGUCGAGGAGCAAGAGGAGGGUGUGCCCGAGGGAUUGGAGGCACCACCAGAGCCACCGGCCGAGCAGCCCCAAGAUGCUGGGAUGGGCAGAGACCUGGCCAUUCGGGAGGCAGCUCUGGGGGAAGACCCUGGCGGCAGGCGUGGGCCACAACAGAGCCGGCUGCGCCGACCUGUGGUGGAGGCACCACCAGAGCCACCGGCCGAGCAGCCCCAAGAUGCUGGGAUGGGCAGAGACCUGGCCAUUCGGGAGGCAGCUCUGGGGGAAGACCCUGGCGGCAGGCGUGGGCCACAACAGAGCCGGCUGCGCCGACCUGUGGUGGAGGCACCACCAGAGCCACCGGCCGAGCAGCCCCAAGUUUCUAGCGUUGGCGAGGCUCCACCAACAAGCGCGCCCCAUGAAGGCCCCUCUACCAGCAGUAUGUCAGGGCCACCAGCGAGCAACCCUCAGGGGACGGACAACGUCCUGAACGCCAUUGAGGCACUGGAGGGCCGAAUCAUGAACACCCUGAACAAUGUGCAGAGCAGACUUGACACCGUGGAGCGCCUGCUCCUCUACCAGGGAAGGAAGCACAGGGCGCUUGAGAGGCGUGUUCGGGCACUGGAGCAGCAGUUGUCCGCACAGCAGUCGACUGCAAGGGAGCAGUGAGAUGACGGGGGGUGGGGGUGUUUCCAUUCGAUGCCUGUUGCAGC